AUGAGUGUUCGACAACGUGUAGCAGCUAAACGUAAAAAUUCUCGGGCUACAACAGUACCUGUCGACAAUGAACCAAAUCAACUGAGUCCAUCGUCAUCAAAACGCACAAGUGCUCAAACCACAACAGAAAAUGAAGCAAAUCCAGCAAGCGAAUUAAGUCCAUCGUCAUCAAAACGUAAAAAUGCUCGAACUACAACCGACAACGAAGCAAAUGAACUGAGUCCAACGUCAUCAAAACGUCAAAAGGUUGUAGCUGAAAAACGACUUCGUCGAUAUCGUGCAACUAUGACGUCUGCCGUACGUGAUCGUAUUGAACGCGCUUUACAUCAACGACUUUAUUUACUUGCUGCAACAAACUCAUCGAAUGAAACUGUGUCUCGAGAGUAUAAAGUAUUAGGAAACACAGCUAAUGUUUAUACAGUUAUUAUUACUCGUGUUCCAUCGUGUACUUGUCCUGAUUAUGCUAAAGGUCAUCUAUGUAAACAUAUCAUAUUUGUUUUACAUCGUGUACUUAAAGUUAGUCGUAGUUCUCCAUUACUCUAUCAACAAGCAUUACUUACAAGUGAAUUAAAUGAAAUUUUUUCAAAAGCUGAUGCACAAUAUAAUGGUUCAUAUAUUCUUGCUGAACAAUCGAUUCGUGAAGCUUAUCAUGCUAAAACAGGUGAUCCAGAUGCGAUCAUAAAUCCCACAACAAUUCAACAAAAACCAAUCACAAAUGAAGACGAAUGUCCUAUCUGUUAUGAAUCGAUGAUAAAUGAUAAGAAUAAUCUCAUAUUUUGUUCAAAAUCAUGUGGAAAUAACAUGCAUAAAAAUUGUUUUGAACAAUGGCGUCAAGCAAAAGUAUCUAUGCGUGAAUCAGUUACUUGUCCAUUUUGCCGAGUUGAAUGGAAAACUGAUACAAAUACAAGUAAUACUAAUCCAAGUAGUUAUCUUAAUUUAGCUGCUUAUUCAACAACUCAUGAAUAUGAUGAAGACGAAGAUGAUGAUGAUGAUGAUGAUGAUGAGGACGAUUACAUGAAUAAUUGGAUGUUUUUUCGUUAUCGAUAUUAUUAA